AGAAACUCGUGCCAGAGCACAGGGACAUUUGAUCGUUGUCCACCGAACGGUGAGGUUGAAAGAAGAAAGACGGCGGAGUCGUGGAGAAGAAGGAAAGAAGAAUCCGCCAAGGAGGCGCGCGCGCUCUCUCUUUCUCUUCUAUUCCUUUGGGCAUAACAUCGAUAAAAGAUGAAUUUCACGCCUUUUCCUGGCUUUACCACAGGCUCGUUGCCGACAGGCACGGUUCAUCAAUUUGCAACAGCCAAAUUCGCACAAAAUUUGACCACCGGUGGUCAGGUUGUCGGCGUUUUAUCAGGCGGAGAGGGUGGCGUUCAUUACUUGAGACCAGUCGAUCCUAACGGUUUUGCUGUGGCUCAAGGAGGCAAUAAUCAACAGCAGCAAAUAAUUACGCUGCCUAUAACUGUACCUGGAAAAGAUGGCACGCAACAACAGCAAACUGUUCAAAUUCAGGUGGUUAAUCCUAGUGUUUCCCAAAGUGGAAACAGCGGGGACCAACCAAAAUAUCAUUUGGCACCAAUUUCGUUGGGACAAUUCCCUCAAGGUGCAGCAACUGUUCUUACGGUCGCGUAUAGUCAACAGGGAACGGAUGGUGUUCAGAUCCAAGUUCAGCCACAAAAUACUGUAGCAACGACGCAAACGUCGGAUCAAACAACACAGAGUACAUCGGUCGCGGUAACUACCACGUCGCAACAGACGAUUCAGCAAACUGUACAACUUCCGGGAGCACCAGAGGGAUUGACCGUGGUUGCACAAAUACCACAAGAUUUGAUCUUAAGAGAAGGAAUGGAAGAGUCAAAAGAGGACGUGAAAGAAGGCACGACUCCGGUUGCACUUAUUAAAAGAGGAAGUGUGAAAAAUCAAGGAAAUCAAAGUAAUGAAGAGUUCAUUACUUCAAUGCCUGCGGGUUGGCAAAGUUUGGCAACCCCAGGUUCCACGGUUGCUGAUUAUCUUUCAAGGCUUCCCGCCAGUACAUUGCCACUUGGUUUACAACAUUUCCUCAAAUUUUCAGCAGAAACGAUAAAGAGAGAAGCCACUAUAGAAUCGAGUCCUUUAGGCGCUGAUGGAUUGGACGCUUCAGGAAGUAUGACACCCGGGGAACAAGCGGUACAGAUUACAGUAGCUGGUGGCGAGACUAUUAUUCCGGACGUUGUCGAGGAACAAGAACCGGGAACAAAACCCAAAAGAAAAAAGAAAUACAAGAAAAAACCUCCGAAACCAAAAAAGCCAAAACCUGGUCAAGUUAGUAUCGUUACUGCUUUGGAUGGUACCACGCUAUUCUGCUGCCCUCAAUGUAAUAUGGCUUACCCGGAGAAAGAACUUUUAGAACAACAUCUCAUCGGUCAUAAAAUAGAAAGGAGGUUUAUUUGCGAUAUAUGCGGUGCUGGUUUGAAACGUAAAGAACAUUUAGAACGACACAAACUUGGUCAUAACCCUGACAGACCAUUUAUUUGUUCCGUUUGCAUGAAAGGCUUCAAACGAAAAGAACAUCUUAAUCUUCACUUUGUUAUACACUCGGGACAAAAGACCGAAGUUUGUACCGAGUGUGGAAAGGCCUUCUACAGAAAGGAUCAUUUAAGAAAACACGCAAGAUCGCAUCUUGCCAAACGUGCUAAAGAAGAUCCAUUGAAUACGACUGAUACUUCGCAAAAUCAACAACAAGUAGAACAAACACAGCAACAAACGGAACAAUUACAGCAACAAUCUUCCGUUCCGGAGCUUCAACAAAUUCAAAUACAAGUGGGCCAAGGCUCGCAAGCUCAGAUACAUCAAAUUUCUGUCAGCGAGCAAUCUACCGUCGUGCUACCAACUGCUGCUGAAACGGGUGCAAUGGCGAUGCUGCAUCAUCAGCAACAGCAGCAACAACAACAACAGCAACAGCAGCAGCAGCAGCAACAGCAACAGCAGCAGCAACAACAACAGCAACAACAACAACAGCAACAGCAGCAACAACAGCAACCUCAACAACAACAACCUCAACAACAACAGCAGCAUUAUCUUUUUAUCAUAAUUGCUUUGCUUUUGUUAAACGAACCAUCUGUACAAUUUUUAUACGGAGAUUCUGGAAUACUUUUCUCUGUGUUGAUUAUAUCUAGAAGCAGAACCUCCAGUGCUGUUGUAAUUUGUAUGGUGAAAUUUGCAAUGAAUUUCCCGCCGUUCGGAGGCCACUUUCCCGGCACUAUACCGAGUAUCCAUCAGUUCGCGACCGACGGCUCCGGUGGUGCAGGCGCGCGUUACGCUAAUCAUUUUCCCAACCAGCCUCCGAUCGGAGUGCCGGUUAUGGGAAAGUACCGUCCUGAGACCAACGGCGUACAAACUCCUCAAUCUCAAGUGAUGAUGAACAACAAGGCUAAUUAUCCAAACAGCAACGUCCACCACUACCCCAAUGUGCCAUAUUCUCAAGCUCAACCGGUGCAACAGAGACCCUCCAAUUCUCCUGGAAUGCAAGAGAAACGUUCGUAUCAUCAGCAAGCCACCGAGACUAUAAAUCAACAGGACGUUUGCAAUCUCCUACAGGAUAAGGACAAAAGCAAGGAUAAGAAGACGGACGAGCAGCGUAACGGGGACACUGCGACCAAUGGUGGACAGCAGGACUAUACGAUGCAUCAACAUCAUCAACAGCACGCCCACACCCAAACGCCUGCCACGAUGCCUGCAACCUGGCAGUCCUUGGCAACGCCUGGCUCCACCGUAGCCGAUUACCUUAGUCAUUUGCCAGCUAGUACUUUGCCGCUUAGCUUACAUCAUUUUCUCAAGUACUCUGCGGAAAGUAUAAAGAAGGAAUCGGAAAUGGCACAAACAACAUCCGUAGCUGUAGCUACCACAACUACGCCUAAUAUCAUGAUGUCGCCAAAUAACAAGAAAAAGAAGAAGAAGAAGCCACCAAAGGAAAAGAAACCACGCCCAAAACCAGGAGAAAUUCGAUUGACUACAGCUUUAGACGGCUCUACGCUUUACUGCUGUCCCGAGUGUCAUAUGGCAUAUCCUGAACGGGAAUUACUGGAGCAACAUCUGUUGGGUCAUACCAUGGAACGAAGAUUUGUCUGUGACAUUUGUGGAGCGGGCUUGAAAAGGAAAGAUCAUUUGACACGCCACAAGCAAAGUCAUAAUCCUGAAAGACCUUAUGUCUGCACUGUGUGCCUAAAAGCUUUCAAGAGAAAAGAACAAUUGACGUUGCACUUUGUAAUACAUUCUGGCGAGAAACGUCACGUGUGUACAGAAUGUGGUAAAGGCUUUUAUAGAAAAGAUCAUUUGCGAAAGCAUACUAGGAGUCAUAUUGCUAGGAGAGUGAAAGCCGAAUUAAGUCAGAAUGCUGGUACUCAACAGAAUCAACAGCAGAACAAUGUAUCCAGUAUGCAAACGACGACCGUGUCAGCAUCGUCCGUUCUUCCAGGCGGGCAUCCAGGUCCUCUCCUAUCCUGAGCCCCGCCACCAGGGAACUUCCAAGUUCCCCAUCCAAACAACAUUCUUCAUACUCAUACUUCGCAUCAUACAUUGCAUCAUCAUCACUUGGCCGCAGUCAAUGUGGCGCACCAAUCGAACGUUACUCCGCUUGCUACACCCAGCCAUUAUCAGACGCACGAGCUCGGCUUUCUAGGACACGUAAAAGAUUUCUGAGAGCAGGGGAAGACCUCGACUAAGAGGUAACAUUAUGACGCUACACGAUUGUCUCCGCGUACAGAGUUUCAGCGAUUUCACGUGGCUCGGACAUAGUGAGUUUUCUACAUACAUUUCAUUUAAAAGUGAUUCAAACGAUGUUCUGCUUCUUGCAUCCUUCUUAUAAACGACGAUGAAUUCAUUCGUUCAUGCGGAUGCUAUUUAACGUACGAAUUCUUGCAUCCACGAUUAUACUUGGGUGCAAAACGAUUCGAAGGAUGUCCAGAAUCCGUUCAACAUUUUCUCUUUAGAUCAUAUUUUAUAGCAUGAAUAAAUGUGAUAUACGAGCAAGGAUCGAGAACAGACACGUUCACACUAUAGUAUGGGUUGAAGUGCAUAUAAACUAUAAUUUCAGUAAGAGAACUUAGAUUAGGAGCCUGAUUUAAGAGUCUUGCCAUACUGUAUGUAUGAAAAACAAAACAUAUUUUUGUGAAAGCUUGGUGUUAAUAUAUGAAAACUAAGCUAGUUAGCGGGGGAAGAGAGAAAUACAAUGAAUUAUAUUUUUUUUCUUCAUAACUGUGCUGGAUCGAAAUGCUGUAUUUGCGAGUGUAUCUAUCAGAUUUUCAUAAUUAUCUGAUUCGGUUGGAUAGUGCAAAAACAGUUAUCAUAUUAAAGAAUCUUUUAGAAUUGUAAGGGCAAUAUAGAUGCAAAAACAUUCGUCCCAACAUCUAUUCGAUUGUAUGUCUUUCAGUUGGAAUUAAUAUCAUAAGUAUUUGAUAUUUUCUCAAUAUUUUAUAUUUCAACAUAUUGAGUAUAUUUCCAAAAUUCAUUAUAUACAUAAUGCUUAGUAAUAUACUUUAACUAAAUUUAUCUUAAAUGAAAAUUUUUUAAUUUGUAAUAUAGAAUUUAUUACAAAAGAAAAAAUAUAUUAAUAAUUAUUAUUAUGUAUGGCAAUAUUCUGUGCACGGUAAAAGUUAUACUUCUUUUGUUUUCUUUGAUUUUGCAUACAAAGUUGACAGUAUUUUAUAUUUUACGAUAGUUCCAAAAUUGUGCUUGUAUGUAUACUUUUAUACAUAAGUGCGUAAAUAUUUAUAUGAAUAUAUAUAUAUAUAUAUUUUACGAUUCAUCAAGAUCGUACUAAAAUCCUUUGUAAACAAACUCUUAUUGAGUUUGUUUCGUUUUUAUAUGAUUUUUACAUUGUUUUUAUAGAUAUUUUUCGUUAGAUCUGUUUAAUCUUCGUUGAGUACUGAUUACAUUCGUAAGCUCUGUCCUUAAAGGUACAGUAUAUAUUUAGGUUUUUUGUUUUUUCUUUUUAUAUGUGUAUACAGUACAUUAUGUUCAAAUAAGUGCAGUUGAUAAACUGUUUAAUUUAUAUAUUGAGCCUUUUGUAAAGAUAACCCUCGUGGACUGUGAUCAUUUUGGAUGGAGAUUUCUUGCUCUCUAGUUAUCCAAAUGAACUUGCGUUAUCAAUUAUCUAAUUUUUUUUUUUCUAGACUUAUUAAUUGUGCCAUUUUUUUAAAUCCUCCUUGCCGUUUUCUCUUGCCAUACCAAUAACUGUUCGGUUACGAUCGCUCACACUAUCGUACAUUUAUGUUUGUCGUCAAAUAUCUUGUACGUGUUUAAACAUUAAUUCAACGUCAAUAUGAUGGAAGAUAGUGUUGAAUAUGUUUAGGUACUGUAUAAAUGUAACGUAUAUGCCUGGUUAGGAAUGUGAUGCGAAUUUUUCAAAUGGAAAAAAGAUUGAAAAGUUUCAGAUUGUAGAAUGCCAAUUGUAGAAUGUAUCUUUACACGAGAGUUUUAAACUUUUCAUUUGAAGUAGGCGAAUUAAAUUUUUAGUCGAGGAGAAGACUAUGAGAAAGAGGAUUUCUAAACCAAUGAUAAUUUUUAACGUAACGUUGAAACUAAUGAUGUGAUGCUAUCCACUGUAUACAUUAUAACAAACUUUUUUGAAAUAUUGCAUCUUUAUUGUAUAAUACUUUCAUAUUUAAAGAUCACAUGUUCAAUACAACACAACGAUGAUUAACUAAUAAACUAAAUACAUUUAAGUUUAAAGAACUAUUUAAUUGAUAUAAACAAUAGUCCAGUAGUUUCUGACAUAAUCUCUCAAGCAAUUAAUUUGGUUAUACUUUGUUUGAUAAAUAAUAUUUUCUUUCCAUAAGUAAUGUACAAUUGAGAGAAAAUCCAAGAAAGUUAUAAAAUUAUCUUAUGGUUGAUCCUCGUUGUUGACUCUCCGCAUCAUGUUUCUAGCGUGAUACGUUUUAGCAAGUAACACGAAAAUUCAGGUUUCGUCAGACCUCAAGUAUAUUGAUAUAAUAAGAAUAUGACAUACAUAGUAUAUACUAAAAGUUGUAUAUAUCUAUAUAUUUAUAUUUAUAUAUAUAUAGAUAUAUAUAUAGAUAUAUAAAUAUUAUAUUAUAAAAAUAUAAGAGAAUGAGCUGUAUUAAAAUACUCCACCGCCACGUACUUGUAAUCGUAAACAACAACAACAAAAAAAACAGAGAGUACACCCUAGACGGUACAUUUAGUAAGUAAGUUUGUAUACAAGACAACAAAAAUACGACGUAAAUUGAGAAAGAAAAAAUUAGUGCGCGUGCGAAAGCGAGAAAAAAAGAAAGAAAGAAAGAGAGAGAGAGAGAGAAUGAAAGUGAGAGCAAGAAAGGAUGAGAGAAAGAGAGAAAGAAAGAUCGAAGAAAAAAUAGCGAAAGAUAGUCUCCUAAAACAGAGUAAGCCAAAUAUGGAGCUACUGAAGAAAAAACUCGCAACGUUGAUAUUGUGUGUGUGUGGUUAUAUUGGGAGUUUAGAGAGAGAGAGAGAGAGAGAAAGAGAGAGAGAAAGAGAGAAAGCGAUAGAGAACAAAAAUUUUCAUACGUAUUAUUGAUCUAACUAUGCGAAGAGAAAGUAAUUAAUAAAAUAAAGCAUUAUGAUUUAUACAACGGAGAUGAGAGACGAGAGGCAAGUUUUCCAAAAAUCGUAUAUCCUUACAGAGAUAAUGUGAGAUGUGACGUCACAAAAUGGUGGUCUAUUCAAAAAUUAUGAGUAAAAAAGGUUCUCGUAUUUGACGGAUUUUUUGUACUUUUUAAUGAAAAAAGAAAAUAAUAAUAAUAAUAAUAAUAAUAAAACACGAAAGAAAUUAUCCGUCUCUUGGAGUAAAUAAAAGUUGGUAUUCCUAAGAAAAAAAAGGAAAGAAUGAAAAGAAAGAACGAUAUUUGAAAUAGUUCUCUCUUUCUCUUCUCUCUCACUUUCUCUCUCUCUCUCUCUCCUUCCUUCCUUUUCUCUUCCUCUCUCUCUUCCUUUUUCUCUCUUUUAUUCUCUCUUUUUCUCUCAAAAUAAAAGGAAAACCAAUUCUCCAGUGCCUUCGCAUAGCGCUGGAAUUUUUUCGUAUCUUCUAACUUAUUCGAUGAGUGAAAUUACAGAAAUGGCGUUGUGCGUGACUCUUUUUGGAACACCGCGUAUAUGUACUUGCUAUUUCCUCCAUCUUCUUUUUCGCGUAUAAGAUCUUCGCAUGGUAAAGUUCAUGUACGCGAAAGAAAGAGGGAGAGAAAGAGAGAGAAAGAAAGAAAGAGACAGAAAUAACGACGAAAAGUAAGGUUAAAUAUUUUUGGUAACGAAAAUGAUACAAAUCAUCGAAAACGACGACGAUGAUAAUGAUGAUGAUGAUGAUAAUGAUAAUGAUGAUAAUGAUGACGAUGAUGAUGAUGAUAAUGAUGAUGAUAAUUAUGAUGAUGAUAAUAAUGAUGAUUAUUAUGAUGAUGACGAUGAUGAUGAUAAUGAUCGUCACACCUUGUUAUUGACAAAUUCGUACAAGUACCGAUGAAAGAUACGGUAGAGAAAGAAAGAAGAUAUUGACAUAUUGACAUCCAUGUUUCUUUGUUUUUUUAAUUUUUUAGUUUUUCUUUUGAACACUUUUGAACACGUCCAACGUGUUUUAAAGGGCUUAUAUUUUUUUAUUUCAAAACGCGUUUAGAAAUCGUGUACUUAAUUAUUCGUACGACUCAAAACGCAAAAUAGUGUAUUUUUACAUUACGCUAUUUGAAUAUUUCUCUACACAUUCGUACAUCAUACAUACAUACAUACAUACAUACAUACAUACAUACAUACAUACGUACGUACGUACGUACGUACAUACGUACAUACAUACAUACAUACAUACAUAUAUAUAUAUAUCAUAUACUUAAAUCGAUAAGUACGUGAUGUACUUAAUUCGAUCGCUUCGAGUUAAAUAAUUAGACAUAUUUUUCGUUCAUGCGUUAUUUUUUGUCAGCGUUUUUUCUUUUUUUACGUAGUGACGUUUUUAGCGGGAAAUUUAAAGAUGAGAAGUAGAGGAAGGAGGAGGAACGCAUUAAUAUUGACUUGUCGAAUCGAGUAAUGAAAGUAAACGUUUGAUAGAUCGUCAAAUUUUAUUGGUUAGUUCAGUUGAAAAGAUCGUCGUAAUAAAAAGAAGAAAAAAAGAUGAAAGAAAAUAAAAAGAUAUAUGAUUUUAUAAUCUUCUAACUCGAUGAUGAUCAAGUUAUCAAAAGAUCGAUAGAUAUGAAAAAAGAAAUAUAGGUCACGAAAGGAAGGAUUUAUGUUUAUAUACAUAUGCUUUUUACUCUGGCUCGUUCGGUCGUACAUAAACAUUAAUAAUGUAACAGCGUGUCGAUUAGAGGUUAGCGUCUUCAUAUAUUUUUUAACGACAGAAGCGUUAUCUCUCGUGAUCAAAUAAAAAAAAAAAAGGAAAAAAAGAAAAAACAAGAAAGAAAAAAGAUAAAGACAAGGACGUUCGUCGUUUUUCCAUUACGUGAGCAUCGUUCGUUAUGCUCCACACGCAUAAGUAGUUGUCGCAAAGUUAACUUUUUCCCGUAUACCUGAGUAUCCUGGAUUUUUCUAGGUUUUCCAGGCAAGGUGCACUUUCGCCAUUUACUGUUAGGAAGUGAACUCUAAGCAGCUUAUUUUAUUAUACCGCAUUCAUACACAUUAUUAUACGCUGUGGAUAUAUAUGUGUAAAAUAAUAUACUGUUCAAAACAAUUAGAGGAUUAUUAUUGUUAACUGGUUUUAUCAGUACCGAUCAAGUGAACGGAAGGGAACAAAAAAGAAAAGCUUCCCAUAAAACUGUAAAUUGGUUUUUUUUUUCAUCAUUUUGUUACAACGCAUUUACUAUCCUUUGUUUCUAAAAAAAAAAAAAAAAAGGAAACAAUAAUAAUUCUAAGUAAUUCUCGAAAUUGUCUGCGACGUGGAAAUAUGUACAAUAUGUAAUCCUCCAAUUGUUCUAAACACUUUAAACAAAAGAUGAAAACCGUAGGCCCUGAAUCCGUAGGAUUAGGGUUUCCAGGCAAUAAUCUAUUAAAUAUAUGUAUGUCAUCCAUUGUACGAGCGAAAAUAAUUUUCGAUCAAUGGUGACAUAUUCAUGCCUAUAACUAUUAUUACGGGAAAGAGUUAAAAAUAAUAUUUUCGAUUAUCGAAACAGACCUUUAUGUAAUAGCCGCUCUCUCGAGGGACAGAGAAGAAAAAAUUCUUACUUACUUACGCUAAAAAAAAAAAGAAAGAAAGAAAGAAAGAAUAAUAAAUGCACACACACACACACACACGAACGUACAGACACAUAUACACAUACACACUUCAUGUUGUAAAUCAAAUAGAAUUUUUCCGAAGGAUGAGUGUAACGGAUGAGAACAAUAUUUUUCUACGCAACGUCGAAACUCUUAAUCGUACUAAAUCGAUCGAUAGAGCCAAAAGUGAACUCGAUUGAAAGCCUUCGUACAAGAAACGCGUGAUCUUCGAACGGGUCAAACUAAAACGGGUUUGCAACAAAAGAAAAAACCGAUAGGAAUGUGGCCUAAAUAAUAAUUAUUAUUAUUAUAUUAUUAUUAUUAUUAUUAUUACAUUAUUCCACUAGAAGCUUCAAAUUUAGAGUCCUGAAUAUUGAGAAAUAAUUUUUUGCAGUUUCUUUUUCUCAUCGUUUCAUUUCUUUUUUUUUUCUUCAUAUUUCUUUUUUCCAUGUUUUGUUUUUUGCUAUAUUUGUUUACAACUAAUCACAUUCCUAUCGAUUGAAGACGUUUUUUUUUGUGCAAACCAAGCCUUGUUCUUUCCUCGUUCGUCAGCGAAGAACAGAAUGUUUUAGUUUGCUCGGCUUGUCGUCCACUUGGCGUGCAUGCGUGCGUGCGUGCGUGCGUGUACUACACAAAAUACGUUUUAAUGCGUGCGAUUCUAUAAGCGAUUUCUUUCGCAAAGGACCGAACGUCGUCGUCGUCAGCGCGCGAACGAGUGAGAUACGAUCGAAGGGAAAUGUGGAAAUGCUACAUAUAUAAAAAAAAUUCCUCGACAUAGUACAAAGCAUUUAAAAGCUCAAUUAUAUAUAUUUUUUUUUCCCCGAAUAGUCUAGACGAGAGAGUCAUUUGAAGAUUUUACAAAUUGUUUAGUGGGCCGUUUCGAAAAGCUUACCAUGUGACCAUGAAGAAAAAGAAACUUUUAUAAUUCCCGCCAGAAAAAGAAAGUUCGUAACGCGAAGUAUUUUUCAAUAUAUUUCUUAAUUUUUCUGUUUUCUCUCUCUCUCUUUCUCUCUCUCUCUCUCUCUCUCUCUAUUUCUAUCUCUAUAUCUCAAUCUCUCUCUUUCUCUCUUUUUCUCAAUCUCUCCAAGAGACGAGAAUAUAAUAUCCGAUAUUAUUCUUGAUACUACGAAUAAAAUGUAAAAUUUAUAUCGAAAUCGUUUAAUUAGAAUUACGCGUACUUCGUGGACACCCGGUAAGCAUUAAUUCGAGAAGAAGGACACUUCGUAAUCAGCCCAUCAAAGACAACAUUUUUUGUUCGGACGUAUCCUGAUAUUGUUCAGUUUUCUUUUUUUUUAAUAUUUUAUAUUACUUUUUUCUUACCUUCCUUACCCCCUCAACCCAUAAAAUCCGUUCCCACAAAGUUGAACAUUUGUACCGCAGUCUUCCAGGGUACAAAACAUGCAGUUCUUUCGUCGUCGUGUAUAAAUCAAAAAAAAUACAUACGAAGAUUUCGGAAGGAAAAGGGGAAGAAAGAAUGAGAGUGAGAGAGAGAGAGAGAGAGAGAGAAAGAGAGAGAGAGAGAGAGAGGAUGUAUAUGUGAUGAGUGCGUGAGAUAGAAAGGGAUAGAAAGAGUGUGAAAAGGAGAAAAGGUUAAAAGGAUGAAGAGGAAGGAGAAGAGAGAAAAAAAAUUGUGUAUAACUAGGCGAUCCCUCUGAUGAUCUCAGCGUUUUAUUUUUGUAUAGAGUGCAUAAAACGUGUAACUUUCAGGAACGCAUAAGAGGGAAAAAACGGAUAAUUAGAAUGAAAAGGGGCAAGACUUAUAUAAUAAGGAAAAAAAAGCGAUUAGAAAGAUGUAGGUAUAUAGCAACAUACAGACGAAUUUAGGCUGCGAAGAAAGAUGGAAGUUUAAAGUUUGUGAACAUUUUUCAGAUAUUUCCCAGUGCUGCUUUAUGUAAUACCCUACAUAAUACAUAUACAUAUAUAAAAAUUGUAAAAAAAUGCUGGAAAAAGUGCAAA